GCCUCGCGUCGCUCAGUAUUGGACGCGACAUCGCAGCGAGGGUACGCUCGACGCUGUCGCGUGCUGUGGAUACAACGAUAUUACGCUAACUAAUACAAAAUUAUCAAACUCACUUGUGGUUCGACGUUACACUAUCAUCCUGACACAUUAAAGCAUCUAUUGUGUUUAUGUUUUCCUUUUCGUUUUAUUUUUCGUUUAUGCUCCUUUAUUUUGACCGGGAAAACGCCGGUUUGAUGUAAAAAUUGUGUGAAUACGCAAUAACAGUGCACUCCUUUGUUCAGUGACGUUUGAAGGACUAACUGGAAUCUUGUUGGAAACGUAACUUUGUGCGUUUAGUUUUUGGUUUGUUAUUUUUUUUUAUUUAUUUUCGAAACGCCGGCAACCGAGGUGUGGUUGUCAACACGUGGACUAUCGAUCGUUGACGGACUGUCUGACUCAGAAUUGCCGUAAACUUCUUGGUGUUCUAAAGAUAAACUGUUCGGAUUGACCGGGAGCGGUUGAGUUGUGUGGAAACAAAGGUUUACAUUGUCGGAAGGUGAACGCUCUUCGUUGGAGCCGCACAGAUCGUGAAAUUUCGUAAAGCUGCAGCGUCGUAAGAGACGUGGCGCCGCGGUUGCCCAUCAUGCAUUAGAUAUCGCACAAACGAUAUCGAAACGGAUGCCGGUUUCCUGAAGAUGGCCUCACGCACCCCGUCCCUUGAGUCGCUGCCCGGUGCCAACUCAAUAGGUUCGCUGGAGCGUGGCUCCAUAUCGCCCUUGACCCUCAGCGGUUCCUCGCCCCCCGCGAGCGACUCCGCCGUAUGUGACCUUCGCGAGUUCGACGGCCUCGACACUACCUGCGCGAUCUGCCGAGAGACAUUCGUCGAUCCUAAAGUACUUCACUGCUUCCACACGUUCUGCCGCGCUUGCCUUGAACGAGAGCAAACGCACCCAGACAAAGUCACUUGCGUCACUUGUCGCGUAGACACUCAGCUGCCACCAGGCGGCGUACCCACUCUACUUACCAAUUUGGUGAUAGCCGCGGCCGUCGAGCAGGACGCGGACCUCAUCUCCGGUCGGCAGACCAGCUCGCCGUCUGCUCGCUGCACCGGCUGCAAAUCGAAGGAGUCGGACGCCGUAGCUCGCUGCGUCGAUUGCGCCAAUUUCCUCUGCCCGAACUGCGUCAUGGCGCACCAAUUCAUGCACUGCUUCGAGGGCCAUCGCGUCCUCGCGUUCACUGACCUGAAAGACGACAAAGGCUUGCUCGGCUCCACGCUAACAGCGAGCGGCGAGAAAACCGCUUUCUGCCCGAGACAUAAAAACGACAUUCUUAAAUACUUCUGUCGCACAUGCUCAGUACCCGUAUGCAAAGAAUGCACGAUCAUCGAGCACCCAGCCUCCCUGCACGACUGCGAGCAUCUGUCCGAUGCCGGACCCAAGCAACUAGAGCUCAUGCAACAAGCCGUCAGUGAAGCGAAGACCCGCGCCACCGAGAUUAGGCACCUCGUCAAAUCAUUUGAACAUUCGGCUGGAAAACUGCAGGUCCAGUAUCAUAAAGCCCAAAAUGAAAUCAAUGAUACGUUCCAAUUCUACCGCUCUAUGCUAGAGGAGCGCAAGCAAGAAUUGUUGAAGGAACUCGAGAGCGUAUUCUCGACGAAACAGAUAUCUCUGACCGUCGUCGGACAGAAGGCGCAAGAAACCGUGGACAAGAUAUAUCAAACGUGCGACUUUGUUGACAGGCUCACAAAAUGCGCCAAUAUUGCGGAGAUACUUAUGUUCAGGAAACUGAUAGACACCAAAUUGCAAACAUUAAUGAGCUCUAAUCCCGAACAAAGCGUACAAACUGCGUGCGAAUUGGAAUUCGUAUCGAAUUAUCAAGCGAUUCAGGUAGGCGUACGGAACACUUUCGGAUACGUGCGUUCUAGCUCGGAAGCGAACGUAGGACCCACAAAACAACCGCCUAUCGCGCGUCCUACGAACGGCUCAUUACUGAACGGAGGUUCUUCGUCCAGCAGCAGCAGCGUGAAUGGAAGCUCUGGUAGUUUAAACGGCGGCAUUCACCUGCCCACUGGCCUCAAUGGCGUUUUAGACCGCCCCUAUACUAAUGGUCUUCUCGGCCCAACCAGCCAAUCGACCUCACCAUUCGAAUCGAACAUUAUUUCGAAACGAUUCAAUAGUGCCAACAGCCUCGGACCAUUUUCGACUGCCAUAGCAGAUAUCAAUUUGACCGGAAUCAACCCAUACGAGAAGUGGUCGAACGGUGGCUGCGACACACUCUUCCCGCCGGCCACAUCAGACCCGUACUCACUAACAGCCGCCACACAUACAGAUCCCAUCUUGGAUUUAACGAACAAACUUAUCUCCAAUGCCAUAUUCCCGCCAAAGUCUCAAAUCAAACGACAAAAGAUGAUUUAUCACUGCAAGUUCGGAGAGUUCGGUGUCAUGGAAGGUCAAUUCACGGAACCCAGCGGUGUGGCCGUGAAUGCUCAAAACGAUAUUAUCGUUGCCGAUACGAACAAUCACCGUAUUCAGAUUUUCGAUAAGGAGGGCCGCUUCAAAUUCCAGUUCGGUGAGUGCGGCAAACGGGACGGACAACUUCUUUACCCAAACAGGGUCGCCGUAGUACGUACAUCUGGAGAUAUCAUUGUUACUGAGAGAUCACCUACGCACCAGAUACAAAUCUACAACCAAUACGGACAGUUCGUGCGCAAGUUUGGCGCGAACAUCUUGCAGCAUCCGCGCGGCGUCACCGUUGACAACAAGGGACGCAUUGUCGUAGUCGAAUGCAAAGUCAUGCGCGUCAUAAUCUUCGACCAGAUCGGCAAUGUGCUACAGAAAUUCGGUUGCUCCAAACAUUUAGAAUUCCCCAAUGGCGUGGUGGUUAACGACAAACAGGAAAUAUUCAUCAGUGACAACCGCGCGCACUGCGUCAAAGUAUUCAACUACGAGGGUAUUUACUUGCGCCAGAUCGGUGGCGAGGGAGUGACCAACUACCCGAUCGGUGUGGGAAUCAAUGCCGCUGGCGAAAUCCUGAUCGCGGACAAUCAUAACAACUUCAACUUGACGAUAUUCACACAGGACGGACAACUCGUGUCCGCCUUGGAGAGUAAAGUGAAGCACGCGCAGUGCUUCGACGUGGCCCUCAUGGACGACGGGUCAGUGGUGCUGGCCAGCAAGGACUACAGGCUGUACAUCUAUCGCUACGUGCAAGUGCCGCCCAUAGGCAUGUGAGCCCGCUCCGCCCACAGGAGAUCAGAAUGACAGACAAGGCCAAAAAUCUAUACACUAAAACGCAACUAGAUUCACGCGAUAACUUCUCUCGCUGGACGUGUCAAUUUCGGAGUAUAUUUCGAUGUGACGAUGGAAAGCGCAACAGUUGGAACUCAUUUAAGUAACGUGCGUGAUUUUCGGCUGUCUCGAUGUGAUCAGUUUCGCUAACGUUGGAAAAUUCCACUUUCGGCACGAGAUCUCUGUAUGAAUUAUUUCUAAACGAAACUCUAAAGAGAUUAGUUAUAGUAUUGACAUUGUUAUCGGGGUGACCACUGGCGGAUAAAUGAUUCCGUUGUAUUGUACCGAACGUAUGGGAGCGGUGUUCUCGGACCUUUAUCAUUUUUUGAUCUAUUAAAUAAUAUUUUUUCAUAUCCCACAUCGUUAAAUUAGGGAUGAAUAUUAAGGGCAUUUGUAUUAUUUAGCCCAUUUGUUGGACCAAUAUUUUAAAUAUUAUUACUUAACAAAUUGUUAGACGUUAAGCGUGUGAUUUUAAGAGAACGUCGAUCGGUAUUGUUGUUAGACUUAAGGAUUAUUUAACGGCACAAUUGCACUUCCUGUUUUUAAUUAGCACUUAUUCUGUGUCGAUUGAAAAAAAAUAUGAUUAUGGAAAACUAAAUAAGAAGUUGUUACAUUAUUAUUAGAUAAGUGUUAAAUUGAUUACUGACGGACAAUCUUUAGUUACUACCCUCCAAACUUGUAGUUGCAAAAUUGUAGGGAAAUGUCAUGUUAGGGGUUUUAUCAAUGACAAAGUUGACUGCGGCGUUCAAUGACUACUCUCGGCCCUGCGGGGUCCGCUGUGGUACCGUACGCGCGCGUACGGAGCCAUACGGAGGUCGGCGCACAGCGUCGCAAAUACCAACCUAUCCAAAAUGUUUUGUACUACUGAAACUUUCGUGCCGACACUUUACUUCCGCCCUCGUUUGGGGAUUAUAAAGCAUUUUAGAUUUUACCGCUAUGAAAUUCUGGUUAACCACGAGUUAGGUUACGUUUAAAGACAAAUUUUAUCAGUUCCGCAUUACCGCCUAGUCACUGGGAACCCACUUAUUUAGUUCAUGUUGUUUUUUUUUAUAACGAUUAGUAAUACUUUGGUUGAUAAUAUUGUUCGUUUUUAUACAAGUAUUUGUAAGUUUUAGUAAUCGGACAAGGUAGUAACUAGUAGAGCAUUUUAGGAAAUGGUCGUCUCGCUAGUGUUUGACUUUAUUAUUUUUUGAGAUGGUGAGAUUUGGAGGCGCGCGUUGCACGUGCGCGUGCGCCGCGUUCGCUUACUGGAGUAUUAUAAGCUGCCCGCUAUAUAAAAUUAAUUAUACACAUUUGUUAAACUGGUAAGAUAUUUUUUUUAUGAAAAAUAUUUUUGUAGCAGUAGUAUUAUACGGUGCAUGUAAUAAUUUACUAUUUUUUAUUUCUGUAUUUUACGAAUAUUGCUAUUUUUUUACUCCAUUACCGAGUGUUUGCGUGUGUUAGCUGAAUUAUUUUAGUUCGAUUUUUUUCAUUAGUGUUUUUUUUUGGUUUUCUUAGUUAAUAAUGGAAUUUUUCUAGUAUUUUUUCGCCGAAUCUAUAAUGACAAUGUGGAGAUCUGAGCCGGUCGCGGUGUCCAUUCUUAAUUAUUUGAUCUGUAUUAGUUACAUUAGUGUACGCGUUACGUCGGUGAUAUUCGUGUGUGAUGUAUUGAAGACGUGUCGCGAAGGCGCGCGCGGCCCGCGGAUACCUGUGCAGUGUGCGUCGUGUGCCAUACAUUCAUGUUGUGAUUUUAUAAGUGAUAUUUAAUGUUUUUGUAAAUAUGUACAAUACGCUGAUUAAUGAUAGGUUUAUCUGAAACGUUUUAUAAUUUCGUCAUUAGUGCGCGCCGCAUAGCGUCGGCCCCCGGUGUCGCUCGUGUCCGCGCACUAGUCAUGGAUAUCGUCAGUUUUUCAUGUUUCCACAUUGUUUCCCUAUUUAGCGCAUGCGCCGCGCGACGCACGUCCCGACACGUCUUCGACUCGAUAGUUAAUGCUCAUUCCACUGGAUUAGUUGAAACGCGGCCCGUCGCAUCUUAUAGUCCAAAAUUCAGUGAUUGAUCACCAAUGAUUUUAUUAUAGACUGCCCUGUUCCUAAUUAUCUUAAGAUAGAUGACGGCCGCGCUUCACUUAAUCCACUGAUGCAAACGAUUUUUAUUACAAACAGACCGUAGCGCCCGCUUCACCUCAGUUUGUUUGCCGAAUUACAUCUGCAUGAUCCAACGUUCCAUCAAAAUUACCAAUGAUUUUAUUUUUAAUGUGUUUUUUAAUUCGUCUUUUAGAACUGAGGUUACGCUAGUAUUGUUGGUAGAUAUAAAUGAACGUGAUUUUUGGGAAUUCCAGCAGGGAUUUUGGAUGGGUACGCUGUUACUGAGCUUGUUCGUGACGCGUCGGUGCCACCGACUGCAACUCUGAAAUCGCUGUUGUGAUUCCCAAAAUUGUUUCGUUUCAAUGGAAUUACGCUUUUACUUAAUGGACGUUAUUUCUCUUAUUGUAUUUAUAUUAAGUAUAGUGUAGUGUAUCGGAAAUUUUAUGAUAGGAUAUUGAAAUUAUGACAACUAUAACUUCAUCCAAUUAAGUUUGUAAUACGUUAAUAAUGAGUUUAAUGUUCAAUUUUGACAGGUAUUUUUAACAGGAAACAAGAUUUUUAAGUUUGAUUAGUAACAAUAAUUAUUUAGGUUCACAAUUGCUUAAUUAUGUUUAUUUCAUAUUGCAUAAUGUGUUGGCGGGAGGGGCCCGCGGUAAAACAUUCGCUCGUAAAAUUGCAUUUCAAAUUCUGACUGAUUAAAAUUUGGCAUAUGUUUUCUCUUUAAAUAUAUUUUGUCGAUGUUUGUUGUUAUAAUUAUUAUAUUAUUUUUUUAAUUAUUUGUAUAAACAAUUGUUCUUUAAAUUAAUGUACAUCGUUUUGUUUUUGAAUUAUUUUUGUUGUAUAAUUGCUUUUUUAUAAUAAUACCAGUUCAUUUCAGUUUUACUGUGUGUUUUAUUUUUUCUUUCAUUUUAUUUUGCCCGAUUAGUAGCUUAGUAGCUUGGUUGUAGUCCUUUUGGUAGUACUAAAAUGACUACGACUUUAGAUGCAUGUUUGUGCUAAUGAAUCUACAUUUUACUGCAGUUUUCAUUAAAUAAGUACCUUAUUAUGUACAUAUAAUUAACUCAAAACAAUUAAACAUUACCUUUUAAGAUGAAUUUUACAACUACAAUUUAAUAAUUAUAAUAGAGUACUAACUCAAUAGUUUUGCCGGUUUUGACACUGAGCCAUAACUCACUAUAUCCAAAACAAAACUUACUAACAGCUUCUUAACGUAAUCAAAAGAUGGCGCUAUUUUCAAUGUUUACCCUAAAUAAAAUCUUACUAGAUUCUUUAGCAUAAACGUCCCUUUGUGUGUGCGUGUGAUUAUUUUAUAUGUGUGUGCGUAAACAGUUGGUGUCGGGAACAAUAUUUUGGCAUGGAAUUCGUAAGUAUUACUUAAAAACAGGUGAGACGCUAAUCCUAAGAUGCUAUACUCCUUCGUCAAGACAAUCAUUUUCAUUUUUUUUGUUUUUUUUUUUUUUUUAUUUAUUAAUUUUAAAAUUAAUGUCGAUCCAGAGAUGUCUUUAUUGUUUGUACGAACAUUUGUUAUAUCGACUGAAGCUAAAUUAACAAUUAUUGUAAUAAAGCUUCUGCCACUGCCAUUUAAAUGCGCAAUGUUUUUUCUAUAUCGUAAUUUCCUAAGAAAAUUAGUUUUAUAUCCCUUAAAAUCUCUGGAAGAUUUUAGAAGCAUUUAUAGUUGAAUGCUUCUCAGUGACUAGGCGGUAUCUUGUUGCUGUUUACACUAAACACUUAUUAUGUAAAAAAAUAAAAAUCUUAUGAAGGUAGGUUAAACUCUUCGUAUGUAAGUAUCUUAAGAACUGUAUCCCAACUAAGCUUUACUUUUCUACUUGAUAGUGGCCUAUUCCCGUUCUACAGUUCCCCUUCGAAACCAACAACAUGGCUUGAAAAGGAAGCGCUACCAAAACCCAAUAUUUCCAAGUCAAUUAAACUAGGGAACAUUUUUACUACUAACUUAGCGUCUAGAAGUAAGCACAGGCUAAGCUUACUAUGUACGUACGUUUAUAAUUUUAUACACAGCAGUUUUUCUAACUACAUUUAAGGAACACAUCGGAUUUUUUUUGUUUCAUCACAGAUUUAUUACAGUUACGAAAAUUCAUCCAUUUCAACUGCUGCUGAUACAAAAUUGUCUCUGGCAACAUUAGUAUGCCUUCACUAUUUAAUUUGACAGAUCAAAUUCACACCGCAGUUCGCACAGAUAACAAAUUUUCAAGCCAGUGUGUUCUUAUCGAUGAUUCGAAAUCGAAAUGAUGAUCGAAUAAUCGAUUUGAUUCGAUGCCAAGUUCCAUUUAGCGCGACGCUACCCGAAGGCACUCGACUCGCAUAUUUCCGUCAUUGUCGCUAUGUACGAUAAGAGACUUGUUCAUUGAUGAAAUUUCAAGCUUUCGCCUCAUCGUUCCCGUAUCUUCCCACUGUUCCCAUAUUAUUUCCCCUUCAUCUCGCCAGGAAGUGUACAGAAAUUCGUGUGUAAAUUACAUUUAGAGUAAAGGAUGUUUGUAGCUAUAGCGUUAAGGGACGCCGGGAUAUGUACAAGAAAGGGACACGUGCUAGUGUGAGAAAGUAUUUUUAUAAUGGGAAUUAUCAAUCAACGAUAGUUAACAUAAGAUGUUAUGGUAGAUGUUGUUAGGCGGGCACCCACGAAGGCCGGGGCACGCGCCCCGAUAUGGUACGACAACCGAAUUUGACAGGAUAAGAGUUGAUUUAUUAGGAUUUACAUUAUUCAUAUCGGUAGUUGUACGUGUAUUCACUAAUACAUUGUUUUGGCAUGAGAAAUUCGAUAAUUUUGUGACAGUUAUAUAAAUGAAUCACCUGUUAUUGUAUUCAUCAAGGUAGUUGUAAUCGAUGUUAGAGUAUUCGUGUGGUUGAAGUUAUCGUCACAUGUAGCGCGUGAAGGCCGCGGCCAGUGCGGCCGACGCGGCCCGCGCGGGGCUUUAUCCGUCAUUGACAUCUCGUAAGCAUAUUUGCUCAGGAAUUGUAUUCGUUCACUCACUAUAUAUUUUGAUAAUAUAUAAAGUCAUCGCUUCCGUGUAUCGCGGCGGUGGUGCAACAUUGUUGUUUGAUUCACUGAUUGAUUGAUUAAUAUAUUAUAUAUGAGAAAUUAAUUUUAGUGAUUGCACAGAACGUUGGUAUUUCACUUGAUUUUUUGAUGUAUUUUUUCUUAAAAUAUAUGUCUCAUUAAACUGUAUUGAAAUGACUGACGUUGUGUUUGCGUGUUGAAUGAAAAUUCGUUGUAAAGUUGUAGUGCGGCUGGAGAUACCGCCAUCGUAUCCAUCAGGGCACUAAUCUCCAAAUUGUGAUUAUUGUAUGUUAAGGUGGAAACAAAGCACAUGUGAGCACAAACUAUCCAUCCUCAGAGAACUACGCUGAAUGUUUUAAAUUUAAAUCACGUUUGAAUUUAUGAUACAUUUUAUUAUAAAAGACAAGAAAAAUUACGUAUUUUACUAUCGCUUAAGUUAGUUGGAACGUUCCGCAUAUAUCAGUAUAUUUAUUUCCACGACGACGAAAAGUUUUUUUUGUAAUGAAGUUUUCGAUUAACGUUAGGUUCUUAGGUGUUUUAUAUGAUAUUAAUUCUACUAAAAUAUGAACGUAGAUAUAAAUACGAUAUAUUUAUUAUUCCCGCGCAUUUCUUUGCUCUACGUACCAUAGAUUCGAUGUGGCUGUACGGUAGAGUUACUCGGUCUACAUUUGUCUUGCUCCCACUUUCGAAUAACGAAAGGGACAACACGAUUAUAAUUGAUUCAUUUCGUGUGUUAGGUAAUUUAUAAGGUGUGUGAUUUUUUUUAUUCAUAAAUAUUUUACAAUAGGAAAGAUUCCAAAUUGUUUUGGGUGUGUGUUGGCGUAGCAUUUGACAUAUCAUGAUGUUUAUUAAAAUGGUAAGGUUAAGGUUUGAAGGGCACGGUUAGUGAGCUAAAUUGAAACGUUAUUUGGAAUAUGACAAUAUUCAAUCUUAUUCACGCGUUGAUAGUAAAAUGUUUAAUAGGAAAUUUUGAAGAGGCGAGGCAUCGUCGAGUGGAUUUACUCUAAGCAAUAUUGUAUCGCACCGGGAUGGUGUUAUCUCCUCGAUGCAGUGUUGUUUACUCGCUUCGAGUUCGCUUGGUUAUGAUCGGUGCGGUGGCAAAUGUAGGAAAGGUCGCGUUUAAUUUGGAAUCUUUCUAAAUGAAGCUAGUCGCCAAUGAGAUGCUUUUAGAUAAUUAAAUGUUAUCAUAAUUAUGUGUAUGCACGUAAGGUUAGACGUACUUUUAAUGCUUAAAUAUGUCCACACACACAAAAAAAAAAUCGAUUUUUACACACUUUUAAAACGCCAUCCUGCCAGUUGUAAGAACACAAUGCUUAUGAUGAACUAAAAUUAAUAUUUAUAUCCUACAUUAGCGUAGUGUCGUAUUUUUAGACGUCGCAUUGUCUAUGUUAGGUUAGUUUGUAAGUACUCCGAGCUUCGUACAGUGCGAAUCUGUCGUAGGUAUUUUUUACGAAUGUAGUGGUAACGUGGCACAAUGCACGCCCGAGCAUCGCGCCGGUGCGUCGGGCCGGCCGAAUGCUCUUUAGUAGUACAUCUGUACGUGUAGCACGUAUCUCUAGGACGACACGUCCCCUUCCAUCACGCUAAGCUUCUGUCGACGCUACGAAGCAAUGCAUCAGCGUUCCACGCUUCACGUGUACAUAAGGCCCGUAUUUAGAUCUUAUAAAAUCAUAAAUUAUAAAUCAGUAAUCUAACUAUAAUCUACUGAAACACCAUUUUGCGCCGUGGCCUUAAAUUUGAAUGGAAUGUGUUGUAAACCUUUGAUAAAAUAAAAAAAAAUGUGCAAGUCAGUUGAUUUGAAUUUUUGUACAGUGAUCUCGAGCGACGUCGCUCGUCUGUGCGUCUCACUGGUAUUUUAUAUGUGUAAUUCUGUAUUGUCGUAUAACAAUGUAACGUAGUUGGUAAUUAGGUUAGAUGUUACUGUAGAACUCUGUAGGAAUCGCUUUAACUACGUCCUAAAGAUUGUUGAUUUCAAUAAUGUUUCCAAUUCGUGCAUAUCCCCAUUUGUAAUUGUUACCUACUCAUUAGUUACUUUGAGACUGUUCAAAAUGUACUCUAUCGAGUUUUUUCACUAAGGGAAAGGGCUGUUUUAGCAGAUAUUUUUGAUACUUUGAGGAUAAUCGAAGGGAAACUAUCGAGUGUUAUGGUAUGAGCAGCCGCCGAUGAGGGCUCGAGCCCCGCGGCGACUCGAGAGGGAUCGAGGAGGGACCUCCUCUGUUGGAUGCUACUUCACAUCUAUACUUCGUAAGCGUGGAUAAUACAAUUUAAAAUGUUACUGUAAACGAUAAAAAAAUCAAUGUUGUUCUUAUAUGAAAAUUGCGAUGGUUUUUCGCUAUGUUGUUUUUCAUAUAAUCAAUAAUAUUUCCUUUAUUUUUUGUACUCUUUAGUGUUAAGAUUAAUAUUAAAAUGAAAACUAUUCAAUGUUGAUUACUCUAAAACCAUUAAUGUAUGUAUUAAGGAUGGUGUAAGGGCUGUUGCACACUUGCCGAAACGGUGCAUCGGUGAGGCGUCGAUAUUGUAGACUUGGACUGUUUCGCACGUGGAAAUAAAAACCUAAUCUGACCUAAGCAGACCUUUGCUAAAGCUAUAUAUAGGAGUCUAUACAAGAAAAGGGCAGUGUCGAUCCCUCGCCGAGGCGUCGUCGGCGUGAUAAAUGGGCUACUACCUGUUUCCCCGAGAGCCUUAGUAGUCGAGACGCCUUUUCCUUAGAUGGUUGAUGCUCCAUACUCCCAUUUAACCGUAAUAAAUUGUGGGUAACGAAUGAAACUAUGAAAAGAACAACUUUUUCCAUAAGAAUGAUACAAAAUCGUCGCCUACACUCACACUAACCUAUUUACUCCUUAAUAAUAGUUUUUACUUCCACUUAAGAGCUCUUUCAUAUUAGUACUAAGGUAAAGAAGACCGUUCGGAACAUUGCGAGAUACACGAUAUUGAAAAUCAUAAUUGUCAAAUGUAGAAGGCAAGUCGUGCCUUUAAAAUGUGACUUCGUACUAGUAUGAAAUCUCCCUAAUUUUAAAAACCUCACAAGUCCGAUGUUAGUUCAGGCCUAGCAAUGGUUUAAGAUAAAUUAAGGAUUCAUCAUUUCUUAGUUAGAUGGUAUGACUCAAUUUUAAGACUGAUGACAGUAAAAAAAGAAAAAAAAUGAAAAAAAAGUUGAUAUUCAGGACAAUUGUUUAUUUCGUGUAAAAUUUGUUUCGCUUUGACGGCGCGAGCGGGUGAGCUGCGAUGGAUAGUGUAAUUGUAAAUGAAUUUGAUAGGUAAUAAUAGGGCGCGAGUCUGCGAGGCGGGGGUGAAACCGGAGAGCAGCUCACCGGCUCGGGCCGAUGCUCGUACGUCACAUGUCGAUGCGCAACUUCUGUCGAUACUUUCCUGUCUUCUAUCUCUAAAGACGAUAAAAAUGUCGAUGAUCGAUCGGGAAUAUCCAAAAUGUUAAAAUCAAUGUUGAAUAUGAAUGGAAAAAAAGUAAAAAAAAAGAAAAUACUAUUUGUUGCCAAAGUGUUGUUAGGGAUAAACAUGUAGUUAUAAAAAUCGGUUGUCUCAUGCAUAAUUAAGUUGUUCUUGGGUGGUUUGAAAUUAAGGAGAGAAGUUGAAAAAUAUUUCCAAUGAUAUAUUUUUUCAUAAUGAACUUGGAUGCUAAUCGAUACUUAAGGUUUAUAUCUGUGUAGGAAUUUAACUUAAAAAAAUGUGUGAAAUUGUCUUUGGCACGGUCCUGUAUGUGGGCUCAUUCCGGUCGGACUCGACGGUCGAAGUGUUUAGACUUGAGUACUUUGUAACUUCGUACUUCAUUCAACAAUGUGUUUUCGCCAUCGCAGCCGGACCGUGGCAAAUGAUUUAGUUGUUUAGUGUUCAUGUUACAUUAGAUUGUAUUGGACAGUUCUGAUGAUCUCUGAUGAAAAUAUCGACACAUCUAUUUCCGCCUUUACCUAGCACGUCCAAAUUUUAUCGACAUCAACCCACCAUUUUGUUUCUCCCAGCACUAAUGUUAUUUUUUCGCACUUGAAUUUUACGCCGACUUAUCAAAUAAGAGCCGAUUGAUUGGUAACGAAUGUUUUCAGUAAUAGAACACAGAUUAAACUGACACCAUUUCGUAUUUCAAAUGCAUAAAAUGUCUUGUUCGUCGGUAAAACACCUCAAAAAGCUCAUACAUGAUUGCAUUCACGCGGGUUACCGAACAGACAUUGCUUACACACAAAGUUCUAUAUUCUUACUAGCAUUGUCAACUGACUCACAGCGAGCGGUUGUUCGUCGGCAGUCAAUCGGCAGUAACGUAAGCGUUUGACGUGACGUCGCUUUAACUGCGGAUUACAGCGAAGUUAAUUAAAGUUGGGCCAACUUUAAUCUGACCGGCCGGAACUUCAUGGGCAAACAAUAUACCGCCCUCAUUUGAGAACGCGCUUACAGUAUGAGCUCGUGAUAUUCAUAUUUUAAAGAAUAUAAACGUAUAAUUGAGCUUGUAUGAUAUUUUUAUCUUUAAUAAUACGUAUCCUUCUAGAUAAAUUUACGCUGAAAAUACACCUUCAUUGUAACUUCCGAUAUCAAAGGUACAGAUAGCCUAUUGAUUCCUUCCCAUUAACAGAACAUAUUUCAUUUUUCCAAGUUACGCCUUUAACGAUUGAUGAUCGAUUUCAAACUAUUACCUCUGCGACACAACAUUAACUUAAUAUCAAUACGAGACGAUAUUCUUUUCAAAUGCAGUCGAUCUCAAGCAUCGAUUUUGUAGUACAAAUUUCUUUAAAACUCUUUUAGAACCAAUUAUAAUUAUAGUUAAUACUCCAAAGAAACCAUUCAAUAAAUCGCGUCCACUGCCGAACCGACCUCCUCAAAAAAAACUUUAUAUACUUAAUAAUUGACAACAUUCCAUUAUUUUACAACUGUAAACCGCAGUUAAACGCAGUACCAUAUAAUCCAUGUUUUGAAUCAUAGAUAUAACAUUAUUAUUUAACUGUGUAACGGUAAUUUAUAAAUAGUAUAUUAAUUUAUUGUGUGUAUCGACGCUAGUCACAUUUUUUAAUACUUUAGCGUUUAAGUAUGUUUGUCAUUAAAAUUUAGUUCGUACUCGUAUGUUAUAUAAAAACAACAUAUUUCCAUAAAAAUUGUGUGGGUGUGUCCAGUGAAUAUGGUUAUUAGGUGAAGAAGUAAAUUAGAAAUCAAUACACAACAAUUUUACAGACAUAAAUGAAGAAUGAAAUCAAAAGGUCAUCCAGAAAGAUACUCAAUAUCAUGUGAUGUCUUAGGAAAUGUGAAGUCGAUGUCGCGUUUAGACAUAGGCUAUGGACUGCGAUUCUAUAAUCAGAACUUGAAGAUCUAGAUCUUUAAUACUGGCUUACCAACCUAUCAUUUAAGUCGCGUAGUAAGUCCCCAAUGGCCUAAUUUAAACUCUUAUAUUAAAAAUGGCAAAAUAAUUCAAAUGAUAAAGACCAAAAAGGAUCACCUUUUGAUUUACAUCUUAUAAGAAAUAUAAUAUAUCUAAGACAUGAUCUAAGACUGUAUUCGACUGGAUAAGCCCAUAAUAACUGUUUCUAGUUUUUUAAAACCAUUAUUUUCAUUCAGGAUGAGAAAGCAUUGAAAGAAAGGAACAGUUUUGUAAUCUUACAGAGACUUUCUUAAACGAUAUUUUAAGGCAGCAUAGCAAUUGCAACUAACAUUUCGCCGUUCAUCUAUUGUCAAUAUGAUCUUUAAAACAGGAAAAAAGUUAAAAAAAAAUUUUUUUUUUUCUUAACAUAGUUUAGAUCAUCUCAAGUUAAAUACAAGAAUUAUUUUCUAUAAAUACCAAAACUUUUUAGUCAAUCUGACUAAUGCGAGUCUAUAAAACAAAAAAUUGUAAUACGGGUCGCAGCAUUCUAUUUGAAUCAAAGCUGUUCACAUGGUCAAACAUAAUUUGUGACACCAUCAAAGAAAUAAACCAAUGCAAGUCCAUAAAUUGUAUUUUUGGAAACACAUCCAUAAUUCUAUGUUCGUGAGCAAAUUCAUUACCAACAACAGAUAUAUACUUACGUUGCAACUUACUCUCUCUCUUAUAUAAUGGAAACCAUUAGCAGGUAUCCACGAAUGCUAGAUGGGACAACUAACCAUUAAGAAGGAUAUAUUUACGAUUCUAACAAUGUUAAUGGAGUUUAAAAAUGAUUUUUACCUUGUAACGUCUUACGGCACGGUUUGACGCCUAGAUUUUUGUCACAAUUUUUCUUUACUCCUUCCAGUAUUACUAUAGUGUAUGUUUACAAUUCUACACACUUAUACAGGCUAUUUUUUAAUAUAAUUAGGUCUAAAAAUAAACUCUACAUAAAGCAAUGAUACAUUUUACACACAAUAUCGUUGAUGGAAAGUCUCUGUAAAGAAUUUUAUGGUCUCCUUUUGAAGUCUAGAGUCUUCGAUUGUUUUUCCCUCUUUUCUCUGCUUAUAUCCUAUGCCAAUAUGUCUCAUUCAAUCUAUUCUAUGUGUGCGUAAACGUAAUAUUAAAAAUAAUGAAAUAUUAGAAUUAUCUGUUAGUUGAUGGUUGUCGAAAUAAUUACACUGUCUGUUUUAUUUUGAAAAUUAAAAAUUAUAUUGUAUAUACAUCAUAUUUUGCAGUUGAUAAUGUUAAUUGUCUUUGAGAUGAAAGGAUUUUGCCGCUCAAUUUUUGUUGUUCCGCGCGCCGUUUUUGUGUGACAUCAGUUAUUUAAAUUAUCAUUGUUUUUAUUUAUAUUAAUUAUGAAGCAAACGAAAACCAUCUAAGCGAUUACAUGAACGUUUAUGUUAACGAAAACUACAUACAUAUCACGACGUCACACAAACAUGGCGGGCGCGAAUUAACCAAUCAUCUUCCAUUUCGUUUAAGUUAUUUCAUGGGUGUAUGCGUUUGCGUUUUUAAUUUAUUCUUACAGUACGUUUGAAGCUUAUUGUAAUUUGGAAUUGAUCUAUUUAAUGUCGGACAUUCCAUAGUUUUUUAUAGUCUGUUGUGUUUCGAAUUCCGCGUAGCGUGGGUUGGGCUAACUUUGUAACACAGCUCCCGGUGAGAGGCAGCGACCGCCGCGCCGCGCCGGGCCAUAGAUCAACUCAUGCAUACUUGUUACUCAGAUCUUAAAUAAGUUAGAACUUAAGAAUUGAAAUAAUAUCUGAUGAUAAAUUUACUUGUAUGUUGUAUUAAAAUGAUGAACACGAAAUAAAGAAACUGGUUUGA